AUGAAAAAAUCAAACACUUCAUUUUUCCAAAUGGGAUUGUUCGGAUUUAGAGUAAAUCCAGAUGAGAAGCUUAAGCAGUUCAAGUUUUCUCUAAGAAAGUCAGAACGCGAGAUAGAAAGAGAAUUCAAUAGAAUUUCUAGGCAAGAAAAUCAAAUUAAAACACAAAUGAAGAAUGCUGCAAAGAAAGGUCAGACAGAAAUUCUUACCAUUCUAGCCAAAGAUAUUGUGCGCAAUAGGAUGGCUGCCAGAAAGAUGCUGAAAUUGAAAUCAACACUUGAAUCCCUUGGCCUCAGAAUCACAUUAAUCAAGGCACAGAGCGGCUCAAUGAAUGCUCUUAAGAUAGCAACACAGGCAAUGACACAGCUCAAUAGAAUGGUAAAUCUUCCUCAGAUGCAAGCCAUUAUGCAAAAGUUCAUGAUGGAAAAUGAAAUGAUGGAUAUGAAAGGAGAGGUAAUGGAUGGCCUUACAGAUGAUCUUUGGGAUGAUGAUGGAUACAUGGAAGAAGAAACAGCAAAUCAAUACUCUCAGGUCUUUAAAGAAAUGGGCAUUCCAUUAACACCUCAAAUCGAAGCCGCUGUUUCAAAACCAAAAGCUAUUGAAUCAUAA